AUGAGCGAGUAUACCUUUGUCGCAAACAACAACCUCCCUCAGGGGACUCCCAGUCCCUCCAUGAUCGUCACCCUUCGCGAGCAGCGGAGUCCUAUCUCACCCCCGUCAACCCUCUCACCACCAGCGCAAACGCCUCCAGCCCCGAGAGAACCUUCGACAGCCCAGACAAGCCAGAGCCAUGACACGCCCCGCCCUUCCCACAUGCAGUCGGUCUUCUCCUCCCAGACGGGGGAGGCCUACCGGUCACAGCAGCACUCGACACAAGUGUGGGAGUCCCACAAGGAGGAAAUACGGCGGCUAUACAUCGAUGAGAACCGCCCGCUGAAGGAAGUCAUGGCCAUCAUGCGCCAGAAGGGCUUCAGAGCGACCGUCCGCAUGUACAAGUCGCGCUUCGACAAGUGGGGGUUCAGCAAGAACAACAGCAAGCGCGAGGUCGUCACCAUGCUACAGUUACAGCGGGAGCGCAACGCCCUCGGCAAGCGCACCGCAUUCCACCGCAACGGCCGCGAGGUCGCCAUAGACGCCUACCUCAAGCGGAAGGGGAUAUCGCAGUACGAUCUCGCCGAACCGGGCAUGCCCGAGCGACUACCGCAGCAUCUGCGGUGCGUCACGCCGCCGCCCGAGACACCCAUCUUGAUACCGGCCGGGGGCGCGCUGUCGCUGCAGGAGUUGGUGCUGCAGUGCGCGAGGGACCUAGCGUGGAACUCAUAUUGCGCACCCGAUCUCCCACUCGUCACCCCCACAGCCAUCUACCGCGGCGAUGCCGUCCGCUGCGCCAUCACCGACCUCACGAACGCCGACUGGCUCUUCAGCGAAGGACACUACGAGCGCGGUGGCGCCAUGUGCGAGCAAGGCUUCAAGUCCCUGCAUCUGAUGGUACAAAGACCCAGCAUCUACGGUCUCCUGCACCUGCUGCUCUUCCACCUUGAUGCCAAAAACCGCGCCGUUGCCAAGGAGGUGUGGCGGUACCUGGCUGCGUACAGCGCGACGGUGCGGUCGGACGGGCCCCUGGCGCGCCUAUUCCAGGGUAUCUUCCGCUUCCUGAGCUCGCACGACCACGAGGAGUACUGGGACUUCCUGUUCGCGUGCGUGGAGAAGCUGCUGCUCAUCGACGACGAGGCGCAAUCGGGCCUACCCGAGGGGACCAUCGCGAGGCUUUAUCCGCUCAUGUUCAUCCCGCGCGCCUACCAAUAUAACCCAGAACCGUACCGGCGACUACAGAGCCGCUGCGACUUGACGCGCCUGCAGACGGGGAAGGCUCCCCAGCUAGCCGAGGAGCAGACUGUAACCCAGGCCAGCGCGCUCCUCGUCAUCGGCACACAGCGCCGCUGGCAGGGCGAGGAGGUUAUGCAGCUGGCCGAGGCCGUGCUCGAAAACACGAAGAACUUCACGUACAAUGUCGACUUUUUCGUGUACAUCGCGCUCCGGGCCAUGGCGCACUACCACCGGGGCUUUUUCGACGCGGGCGACCCGAGCACGAUAGGGAAGCAUGAGCUCUCGAUACAGUAUCUGGAGAGGACGUGCCAGCUUAUGGAGGGCAAGUGGGACCCGGAUUUGGGAUAUUUCCUCGGCGACCUCGAACUGCUUUCGAAGUGGCAUCGUGAGGCUGGUGAUGUGCAGAUGGCGGACGCGGCGCACGUGAGGUGGCGGAAUGCGCUGCAGGCGAUACCGACCAAAUGGGAAAGGGGCAAGCAAGGGAUCCUGUUUUGA